GACGUUUUGAAAAGAUACAAUGGUUAACGCAACAACAUGGGCAUAUCUUCUGGCGAGCACCGCUCUGGCCUCAGCAUUUGUGGUGAACAACAGAGACAUUGCCUCGUCCAGUAAUGGCAUCUCCGUGUGCGGGACGGCCAGCAACACAUCGACAUUGGUCCAGCCGUCAGCCGUACAACGCCGCACCAAGAUCACCCUUAGACAGAGUGAGACUGGCAACUCGACCGAAUUGCUGCCGAUCGACGUUUACAUGCAGAUAUUGAGCGCUGAUGGGACCGAAGAAGGCGGAGACAUCAGUGAUACAACCAUUGAGGCCCAAUUACGUAUUCUAGAUGACGCUUUCCGCCCUGUCGGUUUCCGCUUUGCUCUGAAGGAAACAAUCCGCACAGUCAAUGCCGAGUGGUACUACAACCUUAAAAUUGCAACCCCUUAUGAGAAUCAAGUCUCUUUGGCUCUUCGUAAGGGAGGAAAUGAUACACUCAACAUAUACAUGAUGGGCGGCCUCGGAACGUCUACCCAAGCAUGGGCGUCCUUGCCGAGUGAUCUGCAAUGGCGACCUCUCUACGAUGGAGUGUUUCAGAAUGGUACAGUGUUUCUUGGGGGUAGCGACCCAAAUUUUAGGCAGGGAGGUACACUUAUACAUGAAGUUGGACACUGGUUUGGCCUGUACCACACUUUCGCUAACGGCUGUGAGAAGAGCUACGACUACGUCGCGGAUACUCCCAUUGAAGACCAACCAUUGGGGCUUGGAGGUUGCGAAAUUGGCAGGGAUUCCUGUCCUGAUCAGCCUGGAUUAGAUUCUAUUCACAACUACAUGUCGUAUUCAGACGAUGAAUGUCGUAACUCUUGGACUCCGGGACAAAUCCAAAGGAUGCGAGAGCAAAUGGCAAAGUUCCGAGGCGUUGUUCACCCGAGUAUCGAUGUUGACGACAUACCUGAGGACACUUUGUAAAACGAGAGAUCAUGCCGGGGCAUUGAAGUUGAAGUACUGUUAAUGGCCGACUGAUCAAACGAGCACAAGUGUCUACAGGGGCUGGUUCAUGUUAUGGGGGUACAAGAAGCGGCAGUCAGAGAAGUGCAAACUCACAAGCAGCUGCUGCAUGAACAAGAAAGAUGUGGAACCGCUCCCAAUCUCGACUAACUCAAU